AUGUCGAAAACGUUGGUGAGGCUCAAUCCUGUGUCGAGGUGGACUGUAUUUCAGUUAUCUAGCGGGCUGUCACGUGCAGGUUCGGUCCAUGUUGUGGUAGCCAUACAGGGGUGGUUGGGGCCUGAGGCACGGCGAAAAUCGCUCGUCGUGAUUCCGGGGUGGUGGAGGGUGUCGUCGUCGUUCCCCACAGAACAAAGAGUGGGCUCCUGCACGAAAUUAUCGUUUCUCAAGAAAUGGCCCGCAAGCAUGACGGAACAGGAAACGACCGAAACGCAACACACCCCACCUGUUGUUGAUGGUGAGGUGAAUCAUUUGGCUACCGUGCAAGAAGGCACCGCACAACUUCCAGAGCCUAAUCCUACAGCCCUGUUGCAGGUUGAUCCGAAUGACGACGCAUUAGACCUCUGUGACACAGACUCCGCAUUGGGAGCCAAUGCUUCAACCACCAGUACAUCCAUCACAUCGUCAAUUCGAAACUACCAAUACGAAAAUGGCCGACGCUACCAUGCUCUUCGCGAAGGCGAGUACCUUCUUCCUAAUGAUGAACGAGAGCAGGAACGCCUGGAUCUGCACCACCAUAUAUUCCGACUCAUAAUCGGUGGUCCACUUAUCCGUGCGUCUAUCCCACCAAAUCCGCAGCGUGUCCUCGACCUAGGUACAGGAACUGGUAUAUGGGCCAUCGACUUCGCCGACGAAUAUCCCAGCGCAUUCGUGACUGGGAAUGAUCUCAGCCCCAUCCAGCCCACGUGGGUGCCGGCAAACUGCAAAUUUGUCGUCGACGACAUCGAGAACGAGUGGAUAUAUCAACCGGGGCAAGAGUUUGACUUUAUUCAUGGCAGGGGCCUCUGCGGAUCGAUCAGAGAUUGGGACCGUCUAUAUCGCCAGAUUUAUCAGCAUUUGAAACCUGGGGGGUGGCUGGAAAUGCAGGAGUAUGAGGCGUGGGUUAAGUCGGACGAUGAUCCGGAGUUGCUGAAUGCACCUGCUGUACUUCAGUGGCAGCAGCUUGUGGACGAGGCCACCGUUAAAUUCGGCAAGAAACUUAACAUGGCUGACACUAUCAAGCAACGCUUCAUCAAUGCUGGGUUUGAGGACGUGCGUGAGGAUGUGUACCAGGUUUGUCUUUCUCUAGUCACCAAUCUAUGUCCUCUGGAUACAAGUGCUGAUGCGGAGCAGGUUCCAAUUGGGCCCUGGCCGCUGGAUCGAAGGCUCAAGAUAUUGGGGCUGUACCAACUCGAGCAGAUGUGUGAUAGUGUUGAGGCUUUCACGCUAGCUCCCCUGACCCGCAUCUUGAAAUGGAGCCACGAAGAAACCCAAGUCCUAAUGGCAAAGAUUAGGAGUGAUUUGCGCAACAAAAAGAACCAUUUGUAUAUUGCUUUUCACUUUGUAUAUGGGCGGAAACCUGUUAGCACAUCCUUCAAGUCUUGA